GUGUUCAGCGGCCCCUCAGGAAGGCCAGUCAUUUCCUGAGGGGAUAUCAGGCCAGCCCAGGCAUUGUUUUCAUUUCCAGCCAUGGCCACUAUUACCUGAGCGGCACCAACAGCUGGUCUCUCUGCUGUCCUGGGAUAAGUUACCGGAGUGUUUUUUCUGCUUUUCACAGGGCAGGCUUCUCAUCUGUGGUGCGUGGCAAGUGUCUUCUGCCCCAGAGGCAUGGCCCAAAGGCUGAACUAACUGCCCAAAGUCUUCGCUCUCAGGAUGCAGCUGGGGUGGGUCCAAGGGGGCAAGAUGUGGCUUGGAGUCCUGCUGACACUUCUGCUCUGUUCAAGCCUUGAGGGUCAGGAAAACUCUUUCACCAUCAACAGCAUCCGCAUGGAGUUCCUGCCAGAGCAGCAUGUGGAAAACGGGAAUAACCUGACCCUGCAGUGCAUUGUGGAUAUCAGCACCACCUCGCAUGUGAAGCCUCAGCACAGGUUGCUGUUCUAUAAGGAUGAUGUGCUGUUUCACAACGUGUCUUCCACGGAGAUCACAGAGAGUUAUGUCAUCCCCCAAGCCCGGGUCUACAAUGCAGGGAUAUACAAAUGCACUGUGAUUCUAAACAACAAGGAGAGAACCACUUCAGAGUAUGAGGUGGUGGUGAAAAGAGUGUCUGAUCCCAAAGUGACGCUGGACAAAAAGGAGGCGAUAGAAGGCGGGGUCGUGCAGGUCCACUGUUCUGUCCCGGAGGAAAAGGCUCCAAUACGUUUCAUAAUUGAAAAAUUUGAACUAGAUGUCAAAGAUUCCAAGCAAAGGAGAGAAAAAACUUCUCAGAACGAGAAUUUUGUGACGCUGGAAUUCACAGUCCAGGAACAGGACCGUGUGAUCUUUUUCCAGUGUCAAGCGAGCAUCAUAUCUGGGAUGCGCCUGGAGACCUCUAAAACAGCCAGGAGUGAGCUGGUCACCGUGAGGGAAUCCUUCUCGAAUCCCAAGUUUCACAUCAGCCCCAAAGGAGUGAUCACAGAAGGAGAUGAGCUGCUCAUCAGGUGCACCGUUCAAGUGACGCCCAUGGUCCAGCCAUUUCUAGAAAUCAUCAUCCAGAAGGACAAGGUGAUUGUGGCGCACAGCCAGUACAGCAACGAGGCCACCUACUCCGUGAUGGCCAUGGCAGAGCACAAUGGCAACUAUACAUGCAAAGUGGAAACGAAGCGGAUAUCCAAGGCCAGCAGCAUCGUGGUCAACAUAACAGAGCUAUUUUCCAAGCCAAAGCUGGAAUCUUCUGCCACACGUCUGGACCAGGAUGAAAGGCUGAGGUUGUGGUGCUCCAUCCCAGGAGCGCCUGCAGCCAACUUCACCAUUCAGAAGGAAAACAUGACUGUGUCGCAGUCUCAAAAUUUCACCAAGAAAGUCUCAGAGCGGGACAGUGGGACAUACACCUGCGUCGCAUACAUCGGCAAGGUGGUCAAGCAAAGCAACACGGUCCAGAUAACUGUAUGUGAAAUGCUCUCCAAGCCCAGGAUUGUUUACGAAGUCAGGUCCGAGGUGAUAAAAGGACAGACCAUAAAAGUCAAUUGCCAAUCCAUAAACGGAACCUCGCCUAUUUCUUAUCGCCUUUUAAAAGCAAGCAACGUUUUGGGGACUCUUACAGUGGGCUCCAAUGAGCCCGCAGUAUUCAAAGAUAAUCCAACAGAAGAUGUAGAAUACCAGUGCAUUGUGAAUAAUUGCCAUUCAGAUGAUGAAAUGAAGAGCGAACUUCUGAUGGUCAAGGUGAUAGCCCCAGUGGAGGACGUGAAACUCUCUAUCCUGCAGAAUAAGAUGGUGGAGUCUGGGAAAGACAUUGUGCUUCUAUGCUCUGUGAACAAAGCGUCCGGUCCAAUUACCUACAAGUUUUACAAAGGAAAGGAGGUCAAGCCCUUCUACCAAUACAUCUCGAAUGAAACCCAGGUCAUUUGGCUCAAGUCGCAAGCUAGCAAGGAGCAUGAGGGGCAGUAUUACUGCACGGCCUCCAACAGAGCCACCUCUGCCAAAAAUGUCCCCCGAAGCAGCACAUUGACAGUCACAGUCUUUCUUGCCCCAUGGAAGAAAGGACUUAUUGCAGUGGUCGUCAUUGGCGUGAUAAUUGCCAUCUUGGGACUUGGGACCAGAUGCUAUUUUUUGAAGAAAGUCAAGGCCAAGCAGAUGCCAGUGGAGAUGUCCAGGCCGGCCGUACCACUUCUGACCUCCAACAAUGAGAAGAUGUUGUCAGAUUCCAGUACCGAAGCCAACAGACCUUAUGGUUACAAUGAAGACAUUGGAAACCAUGCGAUGAAACCAAUGAAUGAAAAUAAAGAGCCUCUGACCUUGGACGUGGAGUACACAGAAGUGGAAGUGACCUCAUGUGAGCCUCAUGAAGGUCUGACAACGAAGGGCACAGAGACAGUGUACAGUGAAGUCCGGAAAGCUAAUCCUGAUUUCAUGGGAAACAGAUAUUCUAGAACGGAAGGCUCCCUGGAUGGAACUUAAAACUGCAAACGCGGACGCUCCUCCAUGGGGGGACACCCACACUACAGGAAGAGCAGAUGAUUCCUGAUUCCAAGAGCUCUGUGCACUUAUUUCUGAACCUGCCCUGCUCUCACUGAACAUAGAGAGUCCUCAGGUCAAGCCGCCAGUUCUUAAAGACAUUUUACUACAUUUUUGUUGGGUAUAAAGAGAUGCAGAAGGGCUGGUUAAUCUCCCACACAGCCCACCUCCCACCGAGUUGGAGAAUCCUUGGGAGUGGAGAGCAGCAGGAGGAGAUUCAGGGUCAGCAGGCCAUCGGAAUAUUUUGAAACUUGAAUAUUUUGUCUUAUACAGAGAUAAAGAACUUUUCCAAAUACGCUCAUACACAGAAA